AUGAAUGCAAUCGAGGCAACCAUGAAGCAGUGUGCAUAUGUCAGUCGACGAACGCAACGGGCAUGCAAAAAUUACCGACCACCUUCGAAACUGACCGAAGAAGGCUUCUGUGAAGUGUCGUUAAGAGGGAUUUUCUUUUUUUUUCCCCAGAAACUGAAGCAAAAAGAGACGGAGGACAGUCGGCGAGCCCAUAUAAGCCGACGGGCAUGGAAGUAUCGAGUGGUCAAGGACAUGAAUGCAAUCGAGGCAACCAUGAAGCAGUGUGCAUAUGUCAGUCGACGAACGCAACGGGCAUGCAAAAAUUACCGACCACCUUCGAAACUGACCGAAGAAGGCUUCUGUGAAGUGCAUACUCGCUUUUUCCAACGCCUGGCUGAACAUUCUGCUGCUGAGCGACGACGUAUCGAAAAGGAUUUGCUGGACGAAUCGGAUGAUUUUUUGCUCAGUGGGAAUGCUGGAGUGUGGACCGAUGAAGAAGUGUUGUGGUGGGAGUUGGUUGCACUGGACCAAAAGCUGACCGCAAUCCGAGAUUUUCGUAAAAUGAUAGCGGAAAAAGCACGACGUCUUACGCGUUUCUACAAGAAAAAAAUAAAUGAGAAAGAGAAAAAAGUAACAGAAGAUUGGCCAGAAUCGGAGCAUCAACAGUACAAUGAUGUUUUUUUGGAUGACAACCCCAAGGACCCUCUGAGGAAUGCUGGAGUGUGGACCGAUGAAGAAGUGUUGUGGUGGGAGUUGGUUGCACUGGACCAAAAGCUGACCGCAAUCCGAGAUUUUCGUAAAAUGAUAGCGGAAAAAGCACGACGUCUUACGCGUUUCUACAAGAAAAAAAUAAAUGAGAAAGAGAAAAAAGGUUGA